AUGUUUGAUAGAAAUCGUCUCGUACCUCAUUUUAAAGAACAAUUAACAGAAGCCGUUAAAGCUUUGACUCAUCAUGAAAGACCUUUUCAAAAAACUCGUCAAGAAAAAAUAACAGAUUUAACUAAACUUCAACCUGGUGAUCAUAUUAGUUUCUAUAAAACAGAUUUUUAUUAUGCACAUCAUGGUAUUGUUUGUGAAGCACGUAAAGAUUAUCUUCGUGUCAUACAUUAUUUCAAUACAUUAGAACAUGCACGUAGUGCAUUAUCGAAAGGUUCAAUUUAUAUCGCAGCAAUCAUUGAAAGUGAAUGGCCAGUUAAUAUGAAAAGUACAAGUGAAGAUAUAUUUUUACAUCAUUAUGAUAAUAUACCAUGUUUUACCAAUGAAGAAACAUUAGAACGAGCUUUUUCUCAAAUGGGUCGUCGUGGUUAUUCAUUAUUAGGAAAUAAUUGUGAACAUUGGUGUCGAUGGUGUCGUGCAGGUGAACAUUAUUCUGAACAGAUUUAUAAAUUUCGUCGAUUAGUUAAAGAAAAAUCGGCAACAUUAUUAAUUGUUGAUCCAUCAGCAUUACUUGUUAAAGAUGUUGCUUUAGUUGGUGUAAGAACAUUUGGACAAUUUUUAAGUGCUGCUGGAUCAGGAGUUAUAUUAACAGCUUUCGAAGGUAUUUCUGCAUAUAUUGAUAUAAAAAAGAAAAAAAAUGAUAAUAAAAAAGGAAAUUUAAGUGAUGUUGCUUUGAAAAAAUAUGUUGUUAGACGAAUAACAUCAGCAUCAACUACUGUUGUUGGUGGAACUGCAGGUACAAUUGUUGGUACAAUACUUAUUCCAGUACCAAUUCUUGGUGCAACUGUUGGUGGUAUUAUUGGUAGUGUUGGCGGAAAACUUAUUGGUGGUGUAUCUGGUAUUGCAUUAUCAAAAAUUCUUGAGGUUUAUGAACAAAUGAAAGAAUCAAAAAUUAAAAAAAUGUCAGCUAUACCACAAUUAAUGAGUAAUUUAUCACCUGAAAGCGAACUUAUCCGUGGUUUAAUAACACUUACUGUUGAACGUCAAGAAGAAGAACAAAUUUCAAAUGUUAUUCAAGAAGCUAUGGAUACAAAACCUUCAUCACUUUAUCCAUCUUUAGAAGAAUUCGUACGUAUUAAUUCAAAUAUAACACCUGAAAAAUGUCAAGCAGCAUCACAAUUAACAACUGAAUUAUUUCCUGAUUCAAAUUCAUUUGAUUAUUUUGUAUUAACAGCAGUACCAGAUAAUAAUGCAGCUGAAAAAUUUUCUGCAUCAGAAGAUUUACUUGUUCUUCGAUGGCCUAUGGGAAAUAUCAAACCAUGGGAAUCAAAUCAAGAACACGUUUUAGACAUUGAUGAUUUAAAUUCAACUAAAGAGUGA